GCCAGCCCACAAUCUGAAUUUUGAAAGUAGUAGUUUUGUUAGUUUGCAGAGGAAGAGGCAUGGCAUCUUUGGCAACCCUUGCUGCAGUGCAGCCCACUACCAACGUCAAGGGCCUAGCUGGAAGCUCCAUUAGUGGAACUAAGCUUCAUCUUAAAUCAUCUCGCCUCAAUUUCAAGUCCACUAAAUCCAGGGCUGGUUCUGUGGUUGCCAAGUAUGGUGACAAGAGUGUAUACUUUGAUUUGGAGGAUUUGGGCAACACCACUGGCCAAUGGGACUUGUAUGGAUCAGAUGCACCUUCACCGUACAACCCUCUUCAGAGCAAGUUCUUUGAGACAUUUGCUGCUCCAUUCACCAAGAGAGGUUUGUUGCUUAAAUUCUUGAUAUUGGGAGGUGGCUCCACCCUCGCUUACUUCAGUUCCACAGCAUCAGGCGAUAUCCUACCAAUCAAGAAAGGCCCGCAACUUCCACCAAAGCUCGGUCCACGUGGCAAGAUCUAAUUGAUUUCUGAUCCAAUUCUCAACCUUCAAUAUGUAAUUGAUGUAUGUUUUCCCAGUUUGUGUAAGUAUAGUUGAAGACUUUCCAAUUACUACAAGUUAUAUCUUAUGGUGAAUUUGUAGCAUUGCUUUCUU